AUGGCGGACACACCCUUGCUCAUAAUUCUACUUUUGUCGUGGCUAUUCCGUCUUCAGCUUGCCAAAUGUUCACACUCUGUGACCAUGAUAAACAGAUGCGGUUAUGGAACACCAACCCUCGACCAGAUUCCUUCUAACACAUUGGCAACAGGGACAGGGGAGGUCUACACGAAUGAUACGCUGAACUCAGGGCAGAUUUUUCUGAACACAGGCGAUUGCGGUCCCAAUGGCGGCCAUUGCACGGUAGUGACCGCAAACCUCGGUGUUGAGUUGGACCAAGGUUCUUCAGUGGUAGUAAAUUUGAUACCAAACAAUUCCUUCACGGUUCCUAUUCAAUUCAGUUAUUACAAUGGUUGUGACGGUGCAGGCGUUAGCUGUAGUUCGUGUGAAUACGCUGUGCGGGACCCCAGCGAGGACUCCGGGAUAGUCAAUUGCUCAAAUGUGACCGCCUCUAUCCGUGUAAUAUUCUGCCCGUAA